UAUGUAGACAUAUUCUUGCCAUCUUUUCAGCUAAGAAAGUCCAUGAGUUGCCAGAAAAGUACAUAUUAGACCGGUGGAGGAAAGACACAAAACGAGCUUAUACUAUUAUUUCGACCAGUUAUGACGCUGUUGAUCAGAGACCCGAAACUGUUAGGUAUAAACGUAUUUUGAGAACUUUCUAUGAGGUAAUAACAAAUGCAGUUUCGUGUGAUGGGCAUACUGAGGAAAUGAUUUCGAACUUGUAUGCGAUGAAUGAGGUAUGACGCACAUCGAAGCCCUCCAACAUAGAUUCCAAUGUUGGAGGAAGUACCGUGAAUUCAGUCAUCGAAGGAAGUUCCAAAAGGGUGCUAAGUCCCCAUGUUGUCAGAGGCAAGGGAAGACCCCCGUGUAAGAGGAGGAUGUCGACGAUGGAGGAACAAGUGAAGAAAAUUAAAACUAAGGCUACGAAUAAGAAAAAAGAUAAGGGAAAAAGUAGACUGAGGUGUAGAUUGGAUACCGAACUAUUGGAAAGCAGUGAAAACCAACUCGGCUUAUCAGGAAUGAGGAUGCAAGAAAAUGUACAAACUCCCACAAUGGUCAAUGAAGAAAGUGGACAACAUCCAGUGAUAGAGACACAAGAAAGUGGACAACAUCCAGUGAUAGGGACACAAGAAAGUGUACAAUUACCACUUGAAUUCAUUUUAUUGUAUAGUUCGUUGUUUUUUAUGUGGGUCUUACAUUGUCUGCUAUUAUGUUCACAGAUGCAACUAGGAAUGGAUGGAACACAGCCGGAGAUGGCAGAUGGAACGCAGCCAAGCAGCUUCUUGUAGCAAGAUUUUAUAGAUCCAUUAUGUUUGAGAAUGUUGUGUGUUGAUAGAAUUUGGGUUGGAUGUGGUUUGUUCGCAUGUGUGUUAGGGGUGGUUUUGUAGGAAUUUGCGUGUUGGUGUUGGUGUUGGUAUGUUGGUUAUGUAUUAGUGGUGAAAGUGUACGUUUUGUAAAUGCGGCUUAGUAUUUGAGCCCACAUUUUGCACAUUUUGUAUCCAAGUACGCUAUAUAUGUAAAUUGGAGUUUUUAUCCAAGUACUCAAUUUAUGUGGUUUUGAUUGAAUGUGACUGUCAUCAGUUUAUGAGUUG